CUUUUGUGAUUAUCUCUUCAACACAUCCAAAAAUCCAAAACAAGAUGGCUGCUUCUUCUUCGUCUCGAGACACGAUCAACGUCGCCAUGAUGGGCACGGGCGAGUACACGACUGGCUAUGUGCACGGAUCGCAGUCUGCGAGCGACAAGAAGAUUGGCGUGGUGGCGCUCGUCCUGUUCGACCUCCGUCGGCUGGGCAAGAUUGGCAAUCUGGCGCUGGUUGGCACGACCGGCUCCAAAUUCAACGGCAUCCGCGCCCACCUCAAGUCCAAGAUCAGCGACGUCUAUGGCGGCGUCGACGUCUCCUGCGACACGUACCCGGCGGACGACGUCGAGCGCGAUCCCGUCGCAUACAAGAAGGCGAUUGACAAGCUGCAGCCGGGCGAUGCAAUCACCAUCUUCACGCCGGACAACACGCACUUUGAGAUUGCACUGUAUGCCAUUCAGCACCAGGUGCACGUGCUGCUGACAAAGCCUGCCGUCAAGACCUUGCAUGAUCACCAGGUCCUUCUGGAUGAAGCCAAGAAGCACAACGUGUUUGUCAUGGUCGAGUUCCACAAGCGUUUCGACCCGAUCUACCAUGAUGCACGCGAACGCAUCCGCACCUACGGCGAUUUCGGCCUGUAUCAGAGCUACAUGAGCCAGCCCAAGUUCCAGCUCGAAACAUUCCGCAGCUGGGCGGGCGCCGGCUCAGACAUUAGCUAUUACCUGAACUCGCACCACAUUGACAUUCACUGCUGGGCCAUGCAGGGCAUCGCAAAGCCCGUGCGCCUCAUUGCCAUGCAGAGCAACGGCGUGGCCGAGGGCAAGUACAACUGCCCUGCUGGCACAGAGGACACCAUCACGCUGAUCACCCACUGGCAAAACAUUGCUUCGGGCACGAUGGGCGUAGCCACGUACGUGGCCUCGUGGUCGGCUCCCAAGGCUGACGUGCACUCGCAGCAGCGCUUCUUCUACAUGGGGCAUUCCGGUGAAAUCACGGUGGAUCAGGCUCACCGCAACUACGCGGUUGCCAGCGACCAGGGCGGCUUUGCCUCCAUCAACCCGUUGUACAUGGCGUACUACCCGACCGCUGAAGGUCAUUUCGGUGGACAGCACGGCUAUGGCUACAAGUCACUUCAGCACUUUGUGGAUGGAUGCAUUGCUGUCAACAAGAAGAAGACCACACCCGAAGCGCUUGAUCGCGCGCUUCCCACGCUUCGCGCAACCACCCUCGUGACUGCAAUUCUCGAAGCUGGUCGCAUCUCUUUGGACAACAGCAACCGCGCCGUCAAGUUCUCGUAUGCUGACAAUGGCGAGGUGUCUUCCAUUCAGCUUGAAUGAUUGUUGGUGUUUCGGCACAAUUUCGAUUGGAAGUGUAGAUCUACUGCCACAUUGAACAACGAAAUUGAAAAAAAAAUCACUGGUUAUUUGUUCAUCCACAAAUCACACAUUCACAACGAAAAUACAAUCAAAAUCGAUGGC